AUGAGAUUUCUUCCCUUCUCAUUAGUAGCUGGCCUAGCCACUACUGCCUUUGCCGUCCCCCAUACCUCUCGAGGUAGCUGUGAUUCAUCCUCGUUGAACAGCACCUCGUUCGUCUACACAACCACAUCGGAAGACACGAUUUUCAGCAUUGCCAAAAAAUUCAACCGUGGUGCCUGCGACAUCGCCCGAGCCAACCGAAUGAUAGACGCGGAACAUCUGUUCGCAGGAUUUACGCUGCUCAUUCCAGGCCAAGUCUGCAAUCCAGACAGCAGCACUUGUCUCCUGACCAGACAGAAUGCAACUGCAACAUGCGUGAAGGGCGGACCACAUGACUAUAAGACAAUUUCCGGAGACACUAUCGAGAAGAUCGCUUUGUAUAAGCUCAACGUCACUGUGGAGACUGUGUUCAGUGAAGCUAGCCAAGCAGGGAUUUCGUCGACGACGGAGGAGAUACCCGCUGGGACGUUCAUCAAGAUUCGCCAAUGUGUACCCAGCGCGUGUACUGUGACCCCAUUCCAUUUUACCUAUGGUGUUUACAAGGAUCUUGCGGAGAAGUUUGGAACUACUGUUGGACAGAUCAUGUCUUUCAAUGGCGCCUAUAAUUAUAGUGAUCACUCGGAUGCGGAGGCGGCGUGGAUUACUGUGCCGAUGGGAUGUACGAACCUUGCUUUGAUUGUUACCGAGGAGAUUUAG